AUGGCAGAUCAAAGGCCUUUGCUUACCUUGAAGAAGACAUUCUUUUACAAUUUUUUUCCAUCAAAAGCUGAAGAAGAAGCUUGCAAAGUUAACAAUACUCCACACGUAGUGACUCGAGAACUAGUGGAGAUAAGGGACUUGUACCCUGCCCCAAAAAUCAUUUUGCAAAACCCAUGGCAGAUCAAGAAAAAGAUUACCCAUGACGAGAUCGUUGUUGGAAUGCUGAUGAUUCCAUUUUUUGAGAUGUUUGAGUACAUCCUUCGAUACUGGACUUUGGAAAUGGCCAAAACUUUGGAGAACAGUUGUAUUGUGUGUGUUGAUAUGUGGGAUGUAACUGAGAGGAAUGUCUCUAAGAAGUAUGAAGGUGGAAGUGUUUGGCUAAGGAAGGUGUACAAUGAUGAUUUUGCUCUUUGGUGCAUCGAAUUGUUCAAGGAUCGUGGAUUGGGCGAUGGUGAUGAAAUUGGGCUUUAUUGGGAUCCUAGAUUUUCCUGUUUAGUGUUCAAAUUGCUUUCUUAG